UCCAAUAGGCAUAGGCAGGCAAUCGUCGUCUGAUCGUGGUUGCCGUAGCCGUCAACAUCCAAUUCAGUGAGCUGCUCAUUAACCUCGGUUCUGAUACGUACAGAAGGAACUCCUCUCUAUUUUUCUGCAUGCAAUUUUUGCGACCUAUCGACGUGUAAUUAUGUCCGUGAUAAGUUUCAUCGAGCACUACCAGCGCAGCAUUAAGAAAAACGAAGACGACGAGAGCAGGCUUCUUCACUGCCUUGAGAAGUUGUCCAAUCUUUCCAUCAAGGUUUCUGAUCUCGAAGCAACUGGAAUUGGCCGCACUGUCAAUUCCUUGCGUAAAAAGCCUGGAAAAGUGGGCGAAACUGCGCGUGGACUGGUCACUUCGUGGAUGAAGCUAGUGGAGAAUACUGGGAAUGAAGACCAUUCUGGAGAAGAAAAAGAAACCAUAGAGAGUAAUGGUUAUGCAGAAAUGACCAGCGGAGAUAAGGAAAUGUCUUCACCUGAAAACUGCUCUGAAAAGUACAAUAACGGACUCGGCGAGACUGUGAAAGUGAAAGAGGAAAAAAGCAAAAGCCGGCACUCGCACAAAGACAAGAAAGCUGUGAAGGAAGAGCCCGGGACAAGACACAGUCGUAGUGACCGCAAAGGGGAGGAGAGCAAAGGACACGAGUCCCGGCAUAGCAACCACCACCAUAAGCGCUCCGAUUCAAGCCACAAGAGUCGGAGUAAAGAUCACAGAGACUCAGACUCACGCAGCAAAAGCAAAAGGAGCCACGAGGAGACUAAAAUCAAGACAGAACCGGAGGAGAGCGACACUUACGAUCCCUCUGAUUUUGAUGGUUUAAAAAUCAAAGAAGAAAGACUGAGUCCUGCCGAGUUAUGUAAAUAUGAUCCUGAAGUUCCUGCAAAAGUCAAGAAAGAGAAGGAGAGCUCGCACAAAGAUAAGAGGGAAAAGAGAAAAGCAGAAGAAUCGAAAAGUAAGCACAAGGGCGAGAGUUCUAGCAAGAAGCCUAAAUUGGAAACUGAAAGAUCUAGCUCUGAGCGUAAGGAGAGGCACGAUAAACACUCAAAGUCAUCCACGUCCAAGAGCAAGUCCAGUGAGAAGAUAAAGAAGGAGAAAAUCGACUCUCCAGAAACAAAUCCUAUGAAUGGAAAUGCGGGGCCGAGUUUUGAGGAAGCAUUAGGAAACUUAGACAGCGCGCCACCACUAAAGAAAUCCAAAGACAAGAAGAAAAGUAAGAAAGAUAAAACCUCUUCAUCGUCAUCGUCAAAAACUAGUUCCUCAACGAAAAAUAGCAACUCUAGCUUAUUGCCUCGGCCCCUGCCCCGAACUGAAGAUUUGGCUUCCUUGUUGGACCAGCCUGCAUUGACCUACAAGCCGUUGCCGAGCAUUCCCCAAAAAAGUUCAAAAUCCCAACUAUCUGAAUCGAAUAUGUUUUCAUUUUCUGAUGUGAUAAAGAACAAAAACCAAAGAACCAAGGUUUAUUCAGGUACAAAAUCUGCUCUGACCGGAGUGCCAACAUUGCUGGAAAUAUGUCAAAAGGUCCUGCUUGAAAACAUUGAUGCUAUCGAGCAUGUUGGGAGUGCCCCAUUUGAAGUGCUGGAACCUGUCUUCUCCAAAGCUAAUGCCAGUCAGCUACUACGAAUUCAACAUCACAAUGACCAUUUCUACGAGGAGUUAGACGAUCUGUGGAGAACUUUGGUGGAAACAGAAUUCAAGAGUGCUACAAAGCAAGAAGACGAGUGUUGGUGCGACGUGUAUGAGAGGUCAAUGAUCGAAAGGAAUACUAAAAUGAGCGAGCUGGCUGCCAAAAUCAAAGCAAACACAGAAGCGCGACAGGCUCCGCAAAGAAAGACAAUGCUCGCGUUCGAGCAUUCCCUUGCUAAACCCCCAAGGACGAUUAGGAAGCAACAGAUCAAAAACGGAACAGCAAAUGGAUCGCUGCCUAGGAACGUGGCUCGAUCUACUUACAGUGAGCCUGGUCCGUCAGGAUUGUCUUCGUCGAAGGAAAGCACUUUGGCCAGAACUGUUGGGCUCCUGCGGGAAGGCCCCUCCACCAUGAUUAAGUCCAAGAAGCGACCGGCCCCACUGAUGCAAAAAACACUGCAGCUUAUGAAAAGCAGUUACCGUCGAUAAGUGACAACAUUUUUUGCGCUUCUUGGUUGUCACAUUUUGCCUGAAUCUUUGAGUGGAUAUAAUACAUGAUAGGUCGAUCCAAAAUAUUCUUAAUUGGAGCCUUUCAUUUGUGAUUCAUUGAAUAUAAAAUAGGAUAUUCUGGAAAAAGUCCACUCUACUUAUUUUCAUUGCAUUCUCUUGUGCCAGUGGGAUUUUUUUGCGUGAAUUGGAGUUGAAUCGUUGGCACAAGGGCAAGAGAAUAUUACAUUAAUGUCUUGAAAAGACCUCAUUCAACCUGCAAGCUAAUUCCAGGCAAUUAUUAUUAUUGCCUGAAUACUUAAUAAAUUAUUUCAUAUCAUAUAACUUUAUUUUGUUUGAGAAAGCAAACAAGACAUCACAACGUAACCAAUGAAAUGCUACCGUAUUUAUUUAUUUGAUCUAAAAAUGCUAUGAUUGUGUUUUUAAAUAUUUCUGAUUUAAGGUACUCAUACAACUCAAGCAAAUAUCUCGAAAGCGAUAAAGCCGCUGAUUCGGGAUUAGGGAGAAAGAAAAAAAGGGGUUCACCCAGUUUUCAAUUGCUAUCAUUUACAUGUCAAAAACUUUGUUAUUUAAGUUUUUGUAGCUUUGUAUGAAUGUAAUUUAAAUUUUGACCUUAAUUUUUACAAAAAUAUUUGUAUUUUGAAAAGUAUUCUCAUGUUUUUGGAUCCUGGGGGUGAUUCAAAAUAUUGUUGUUGAUCUUCCGAAAACUUUCCAGACCUUUGAAACCUAUGCAACAAAUUCGGUUUGUUUCAUAUUUUGUGAAAUACAAUAUUUCUGAAUGCUGACUACUCUAUUUAAAUUGACUGUCUCGAUUAAAACUUGUCUAUAAUAGGAA